UUUAGUUUUGGAAGUCAGAAUGCCAAGGAGAAGGAAAAAUCUUGGGGGAAAUCCUUUUCGGAAGACCACAAACUCUAAGGAAGUUGUAUCCAGUGUUGCUAGUCAUGAGGAGCCAACCGCUACUCUCCCUUCCGUGUAUGAGACAAAGGUUGAUCAGGAAGAACUCUUCACCAGUGUCUCAGAGAUGUUUUCUGACCUGGAUCCUGAUGUAGUGUAUUUGAUGCUUUCUGAGUGUGAUUUCAAAGUUGAAAAUGCCAUGGAUUGUCUAUUAGAAUUAUCAGCCACUGAUGCUAAGAUAGAAGAAUCAUCUUCAACAAACUUCGUUGCUUCUGAGAAACAAGUAAAUGCAGUGGAAUGUGAAAUAAUGGAAAAGUGUCCUCCAGAAGAAGAGAGUGAAGAUUCAAAAAUGGAUUCAUUUUUGGACAUGCAGCUAACUGAAGACUUAGAUUCCUUAAUACAAAAUGCUUUUGAGAAAUUGAACUCUUCUCCUGAUAACCAAGCAUACUCAUUUUUGCCUUUGCAAGAUGUUAAUAAUUUUAGUGACCCGAGUUCAUUUAUAAGUUCAGAUUCAAGUAAUAUGAUUCCCAUUCUUUCUACCCAAAAUAUGGAUUUGAACAGUGAAAAUUUAGAGCAUUCUGUCUCUGCAUUAAGUUCAAAUUCCUUAACUUCACGUUCAGUUUCAAAUGGGUCCAAAAGUUUUACAAAAGAUAACACGUUGGCAUUGGAAGAUUCUCUUCUCAGUAGUUCUUUAAAUGCAGAUAAUGACUCUUUGAUGGAUGGCAGCAACCAAAUUCAGAAAGAGCUUUCGGAAUCUGAGUGUGUUAAGACUCAGUUCUCUCAAGCUCCUGUAGAUUUGGAUGCCAAUGAGCUUCAGGCUCCUCUAAACCUUGCUGUCCAAAAUCCAGGGCUUGGUUUAAUAGGUACAGGUGGAGAUCAGAAAUCCACGUCUGUCCCUGAUGUUUUUGUACCUUCUGAAGAAUUCAGUUUCCAGCCACACAAACAUACGGAACUGCCGCCAAAGGGGAAGGAUGUGAAUUACUGCCCAGUACUAACCCCUCUCCCUCUGCUGCUGCCUCCUCCUCCCCCUCCACCAAUGUGGAAUCCAAUGAUUCCUGCUUUUGACCUCUUUCAAGCAAACCAUGGCUUUGUAGCUCCUGUUGUAACCACAGCUGCACACUGGAGGCCUGUCAACUAUACAUUUCCACCCCCAGUUAUUUCUCAUACUUCCCCAACAAAGGUAUGGAGAAGUAAAGAGGGAACAAGUGCUUACCAGGUACAAGAAACUCCAGUUUCUCAGGUGGUAAGAAAGAAGACGUCAUCUUAUGUUGGACUAGUUCUCGUUCUUCUCAGAGGCCUUCCAGGAUCUGGAAAAUCUUUUUUGGCAAGGACUUUGCAAGAGGAUAAUCCAAGUGGAGUCAUUCUUAGUACUGAUGAUUAUUUUUACAUAAAUGGACAAUACCAGUUUGAUGUAAGAUACUUAGGAGAAGCACAUGAAUGGAACCAGAAUCGUGCAAAAGAAGCAUUUGAGAAGAAGGUGUCUCCUGUAAUAAUAGAUAAUACAAACCUACAGGCAUGGGAAAUGAAGCCAUAUGUUGCUUUGUCUCAAAAACAUAAAUAUAAAGUCCUUUUCCGGGAACCGGAUACAUGGUGGAAAUUCAAACCGAAGGAACUUGCAAGGCGUAAUAUUCAUGGGAUAAGCAAAGAAAAAAUAACAAGAAUGUUGGAACACUAUCAACGUUUUGUUUCAGUGCCAAUAAUCAUGAGUUCUUCAGUUCCAGAAAAAAUCGAACGUGUUGAGUUGUGUGCAUAUUCUUGUGACAGAAGUACUAGCCCAAGAGACAAUGAAGAUAUUACUUCUGAGAAAGAAGAAAAUGUUUUAUCCUCGUCUUUGAAGCAUCUAGAGUUAACUGAAGAGAAUAAACUUGAUGUGACCAAAGAAAAUAUGUUACCUGAGAAUAUUGCAUAUCUCCCUAACGCUGAUUUAAACAAAGGAAAAAAAGAAAUAAGUGAUAUGAAUCCCAAUAUUCAGAAUGCUUUCAUUCAGGAAUCUCCAAACACUUACUUUCCUGAUUCUGAAAGCGAAGUACAAGUUACAGACAAAAGUGAAAAAGAAGAGCCAGUAGAAAUGGCUCUUGAAAAAGAAUGUAGUGAAACCAAUGCAGAUAGUUUGUUAGAGAGAAUGUCACCAAGUAGUUGUUAUGGUGAAAAUAAUCAAGGGGACUGUGGUCUUUCAAAUCCUGUACCCCAUCAAAAUGAAAAAUCUUUAUCUAGUGAAAUAUUGGAAGAAAGAGCGGCAGUAAAGAAAAAAGCCUUUGGAAAACAAAAAGGCAAAUCAACUUUGGAAAAGUUUCCAAAACAUGAGCUGUCAUUUGUUGGUGACUGGCCAGUUGAUAAGAGUAUUGGUCAGAGGACAAAAAGGAACCGAAAAAUGGAAAAAGCCUCAUCUGUACAAAAUGACAAAAAGUAUAAUCGCCUUCAGUCACAUAAAAUAUUAGAUAAUAGUUUAUCUGUGAGUGUAGAUUGUAUCCAGGCACAAGAAUCUCCAUAUGAAAAUGUAGAGGAUGACAACAUUUCACAGUGUGAUGAUGCCUUGGAAUCUUUCAACAGCUGUAAAUAUGAUACUUAUAAAAACACUGAAAGAGAUUCAUUCAACAUUGUGGGUGACUGGCCUUCCCUUGAUUCAUUAGCUCAGAGAGAGCACAGAUCAAGAAUGCCAAAGGCUGGCUUAAAUGAACCCAACCUAGAAUUUGGAACCAACAACAGUAUGAAUGAAAUAUCCUUAUACUCUUCACAUGAGGCCUGUUGGGGCACAAGCCCUGAAGAGCUAAAAACAUUGGGUACUUGUACUCGAAGUUCUGAAAUGUUGCCCAAUGAAAUGACCUAUGAGCGUAAGACUUGUCCAAGUAAAAAGAUUCAUAGGGAACACACAUUGUCUCUUCCUUAUAUCAAUAGUGUGCCAACUGUCCAGGGAGAAGUAGGACCGCAAACUUUAGCUGAAUUUUCAGAAGAAAAGACUAAAGGAGCCCCUGGAAUAGGAGUAGGCAUGUGUACCCAGACUGAACCACAGGAUUUUGCUCUCUUAUGGAAAGUAGAAAAAAAUAAAAUUAGUGUUUCCGAUUCUCUGAGAGUAUUAACAGGAAGAUUAGAUGGAUUUAAACCCAAAACUUUGAAUAUUAACACAAAAUUGGAUGUUCAAGAAACAAUUCCAUAUAGGGUAAUGUAUGACAAAAGCACGUAUGUGGAAGAAAGUGAGCUUACCAGUGCUGAUGAAUCUGAAAAUCUUAACAUUCUUUGUAAACUAUUUGGGUCUUUUUCAUUAGAAGCCCUAAAAGACUUAUAUGAGAGGUGUAACAAAGAUAUUAUUUGGGCCACAAGCCUUUUAUUGGAUUCUGAAACCAAAUUGUGUGAGGAUACUGAAUUUGAGAAUAUAAAAAAAUCAUACGAUGAAGCACAAAUUGGGCCGUUUUCUCUGGGACUGAAUUUGAAGGAAAUUAUUAGCCAAAGAGGAAGCUUAGAGGAUUCUAAUUUUUCUGUACCAGAAUUUAGCCAUGGAAUUGAAAGCAAUAACAUUGACGUACAGUCUACCUGUGAUUCCAAAAAGGAAAACUUAGAGGAGGCAGAAAUAAGAGCUAUAACUACUGAAAAACCUGGAUUAAUAACAAGUAUACUUCCUACUGUAGAGCUAAAUAAUAGUAAUGAAGUACUUCCUAAUAGUCAAACAGAACUUUCAGGUUUAUAUAAUGUGAAGCAGUUUUUUCCAGAUACUCUAAAAGCUACUACCACUAAAACUGUGAGUGAAAUGGAAAAGAAUUCAGAAGUUGCAGAGACUGGAGAUAAUAUACCUUCUUCUUUGAAUUUGUCUGACAUUUUGAACUCUGUAUCAAGCGCUUCAAAUCUUGAAUUACAUGAAGAAACUUAUUUUACUAACUCUUCUGAAAUACAUAAAAAUGACACUCUUCCAAAGGACAAUGUGAAAUUUCCAAACACAGAAGAAUUUAUGAUUGAAGAAGAACAGGAAAUGGAGACAAUUCUGAUGGCAGGGAGUGCUUUGUCAGCUGGAGUUACUGGAGAAGAUAAAGCUGAGGCACUGAAUCCCACUCCAGUGACAACCAAAUCUCUGACCAUAGACUGUCUUGAAUUGGCAUUGCCCCCUGAACUGGCUUUUCAGCUCAAUGAAUUAUUUGGCCCUGUUGGUAUUGAUUCAGGGUCCCUAACAGUUGAGGAUUGUGUGGUUCAUAUAGAUCUGAAUCUGGCUAAAGUGAUUCAUGAGAAAUGGAAAGAAUCUGUAAUGGAGCGACAAAGACAAGAAGAGGUAUCUUUUGGCAAGUUAAUGCAAGAUCCUUCCCUGGUUGGGCAUGUUGGUCUUGAUAAUUCAGAACAAAAAUCAUCUCAGAGAACAGGCAAAAAAUUACUGAAGACUUUAGCAGCACCUGAAAUGCUACCCUUAUUGGAUCAUUGGAACACUCAAACUAAAAAAGUAUCACUCAGAGAAAUAAUGUCAGAAGAAAUUGCCUUACAGGAAAAGCAUGAUUUGAAAAGGGAGACACUUAUGUUUGAGAAAGAUUGUGCCACUAAGCUAAAGGAGAAGCAACUCUUUAAGAUAUUUCCAGCCAUUAACCAAAAUUUCCUGGUGGACAUUUUCAAGGACCACAACUAUUCAUUAGAACACACAGUGCAAUUUCUAAAUUGUGUUCUUGAAGGAGACCCUGUAAAAACAGUGGUAGCACAAGAAUUUGUUCACCAAAAUGAGAACAUCACUUCUCAUACUGCACAGAAGUCUAAGGAGAAAAAGGCAAAGAAAUUGAAAGAAACUGAAGAUACACCAAGUGAACCAUCUUUCCAGGACUUUGAGUACCCAGAGUACGAUGACUACAGGGCAGAGGCUUUCCUGCACCAGCAGAAGAGGAUGGAAUGCUACAGCAAGGCAAAAGAAGCUUAUCGGAUGGGGAAGAAAAACGUUGCCACAUUUUAUGCCCAGCAGGGUAGUCUCCAUGAGCAGAAGAUGAAAGAAGCUAAUCACCUUGCUGCCGUGGAGAUAUUUGAGAAAGUCAAUGCCUCCCUAUUGCCGCAGAAUGUUCUAGACCUCCAUGGGCUGCAUGUGGAUGAGGCUAUAGAACAUUUGAUGACAGUUUUACAGCAGAAAACUGAAGAAUUUAAGCAGAAUGGUGGUAAGCCCUAUCUCUCUGUGAUAACGGGGAGAGGAAACCACAGCCAGGGAGGAGUUGCUCGCAUCAAACCAGCCGUCAUUAAAUACCUCACAAGCCAUAACUUUAGAUUCUCUGAAAUUAAACCAGGGUGCUUGAAAGUCAUGCUAAAGUAAAAUAAACAUCCUUGACUAAAAAGUGUGAAGGUUUGUAGCUUAAAAUUAGUUUUAUUUGCAGAGAUUUAGUCAAUUUUACGUAGAUGUAUGUUUUAUUAGUAGUGAUGUCCAGUUAUAAACAGAAAAACAUGAUGUUUUUCAAAAUUCAAGAGAAGUUUAAUUUUUACUGAAUCAAAUGCCAAAUAUGUUAUCUAUUAAAGAUAUUAAAGAGAAUUUUUAUUGAUUACCAGAUGUCUAAGAAAAUUAUCAGCUGUGAUUUUAGAGAUUGAAAUGCUCUGAUACUUUCUCAGACAGAAAAUGUUACCUUUAUAUUAAUUGUUGUUUGAUGUUUCGUAAAGUCUUAAAGGCUUCAAUGAGAGGUAUUUAAAGUGCUUUGAGAUCUAGUAGUAGUAGUAUAGAAAGAAAGGAGAUCUAACAGAAACCUUUCAGUGCUUCUUGAUUUCAAAACAACACGAAAAAUCAUUUUGCCACACUCUACAGGUUGUGAUCGCUGACCUUUUGUUCCUUCUUUCUGGGUGUGUACAUUUCCUAGAAGUGAGGUUGGGGUCUGAGAUUAUGUUACAGUUUUAUACCUUCCAUAGGCAGACAAGUUUUCAAAGAAGGAGUGCUGCUGUCUUCUAGAACUGCUCCGAGUCUUAUAGCACUGCCUGUGUAAAUGAUAUUUAUUGAAGACAGUACUAAAGAGCUAUAUUUUGUAUUUGAGGCAUGUAAUUUCUAAACUAGAGUAGGUCAAAAUCCUAUUAACUUAAAACAGAUAUAGAAAACAUUUUUGAUACAAUCAUAAAAGAAAUUCUUACAAUUUAAAAGUUUUUUACCUUUAUUUUUAAAAAGAGCCAACUUUCUGAAAGGAAACUUUCACUGGUAUCUUUUUCUUGGUCAGCUUAAAAAGCCCUGUUGGUAUACUUUUCGGUUAUAACUUCCUUUACACAAGUUUAGUGCGAUAAAGUAUAAUUUUCCAAUAUGAGAUGCUGGCUUAAAUAAAUCUGACUUUGGAUAUGAAAGGUAUUUUCAACAUACAUAGUUUUAGCAAACAACUGUAUUGAUUUUUGAUAAGCUUAAAAAUUAUUUGGACUAGGUGAUAGGAUUUAGGAUUGCGCUAUUCCUGAAAGAAUUCCCAGAAGAACAGACAUUUUAAUGAAAAUAAAAUUUAGAAACAUGUUUUUAUAUAUCAUGAAAGCAUGCUUGUAAAAGAAGAGCCAUAUCAUUGAAUUUAUUUCCAUAAAAAUAUAUGUUUGUUACUUAGAAAUAGUAACUGGUGUUGAAGUAUUAUUCACGUUGUUUGUGGUAAUUUGUUAAAAAAAAAAAAAAGCCAACAGUUUGGCAUAUGUUUUUUGUGAGGUCUAGAAGAGUUGUAUACAUUAAAAAUAAAACAAUUCCUUUCAACAACUCUACUUAUAAAACUACAACUGUUAAUGAAAUAAAACCUUUCUGUGUAUAAAUUGAUAUGAUUUAAGAAAUGUGUAUAACAGUACUAAAACCUAGGAUUAUUCGAGUGUGUGCAGCUGCAUACUCAUUUUCUGUGUUUUUAUAUUUCCUCAUCCCAGUUUAAAAAAAGACAUCGCUUUUGAGUGCUUCAACUAGACUUUACUUCAAUGUUAGUUAUUAUAAUUAUUAAUAUGGGAGCAGUCAAAAAGAACAAGAGGUGAGGUAUUUUGUGGGCAGAAAUCAAAUGAAAGAACCUAUGUUUUGAACUGUACCAACUCUAAUUUUAUGCUUUAUUUUGGUAAAUCUAGGGCAUUUCUUCUUAAUCAUCAUUCAUAAAUAUAUGGAGACAUUUUGAACAUUAUAAAUGUUUUUGUAAAGUUGUUUAGUACCAGACUGGCUUCUAUCCCACUAUCUAGCAUAGUUUAAGCAACAUGUACUUUUGAAAGAAAUUUUUAUAAUGGCUCUUUUCUUGUUUUGUCUGUUUCUAAAUCCUGUAUGCCAAAGGUAAACAGAGUUUGAGGAUUAUCAGAUUUUUCUCUUUUACUCAUUUCUAAAUCCUGUGUGUCAAAACUAAAGAUAAUGUGGGACUUAUCAGACUUUUUGUGUAUGUUUUGGUAUAUUUGUGCUAAUAUAUGACUUACUAGAAUGGCUUUUUGCAAAGUUAUUAAUAUUUUAAAAGUACAACAGGUCUGUAAUUUUGGAAGAUUUUAAUAACAAUUAUAUUCUUUCAAUAGUCUCUUACCAGUGUCUCCCAGGGGAAGAUGAGCACUAAUAUGGAAACCACAGGGAAAGUGGGGUUGGACAGAGGGAACUUUUAACAGUAUUUUCAGUCUGUUCAUUUCCUUCCUUAAACAUGAGAAAUGGAAGUAUUUUGUCUUACAUUUAUUGGCUGUUCAUGUAUCUCUAUAUUAUUUCAAGUUGAGGUUUCUUCAGUGUAUUAGUGUUUCAGUACUGCCUGCAAUUCUAAGGCCUUCAAAUGUGGGACAUACUGUAUAGUAGAAACCCCGACUUAACACUUUAAAGUGUCUGGUGUAUUAUAACACAUUUUGGAGAGAAAGCUAAAUAAUUCUGUUGGAUUGUUUCCAAUCCUUUAUUUUGUCCUUUUAAAAUUCACGUGUUUUGUAUGCUUAGAAAAAAAGACGUGUAUAAUAGCAAGAUUGGUUGUUUCUGAGCUGGAAAUUGGAAACUUUGAAACUCAGGAAAUUGCUCUGACAAUGUUUUAACUGCUCUCAAUUUAAGAAAAUGACAAAAUGUAUAAAAAAGACACAAAAAUAAUGUGUGCUGUUUUUUCCAAUUGCUUUUUCAUUGUGCAAUUGAGGUGAAGUUUGAUAAUUUUUCUGUGUUGUGGUUAAAUAUUGCUUAUUUUUAUUUACAUGGUAAAGAAAACAGAUUUAAAUGUUUUGUGUGGCCAAAAAACCUUGUCGUUUAAAACGUAAAGUAAGUUUAGGUAGAAUGUAUGUAAAUGGUGCUUAUUUUUAAAUGUAAUUCAAGUUUACAGUGUUACUUAAUGUCUCUUUGCAAAAUUUAUUAGAGAAAUAAGGCUAGAAUACAUCUACAUUCUGAAGAGCUUUUUAUAACUUCACAUUAUAUGAUGACAAAUUUUAUUGUUUUCCUUAAAGUUGAGAAAAUGACUUUUAUGGUCCAAAUGAUGAACCCAUUUAUUAACAUAUGAUUGAGAAUUAACCAUGAGAUUUCUCAUUAAAAUAUAAUAUUGCAACUGUCAAUUGGAGAAUAUAUUAUAAGAUCUUCAAACAGUCUAUUAGAAACAAAAUCCUUUUAUUUGUACUAUAAAGAAAAUGUAAUUUUGCUGUUAACUGUACUUUUUUAUUGAAACUGUUUUAUAACUUUGCUUUUAAAAUUUCUUAUGAAACCAUUUGCAAAUUACAUACUUAAUUUAAUAAAACACUUUAACCACUG